ACUGCCAUCUUAACAGCCAAGUCGAUCGAAAGAGAACUCGACCCGAACGGAUCGGUUUACGUGCAGUAACAUCAGCAUUCGCCAUUACGCUAGGGAGUUAGAUAAGUUAGAACGGAAUACUAGGCGAGAAAGUCUAGAGAUCGUCGUCGUAUUCAUCGUAGUUCCCUACUCACGUCAAAUAACCACAGUAACGGAGCAAGAAGAAAAAACUAUUUAGUGAUUUCACGCUGCUAUUUUGGAUACAAAUACUUGAUUGUGCGACUGGCACGCAUAACUGGAGAAUUCGGCACGAAUGGACACUAUCAGUAUCUCGCCAAAAACGGCAAAAACUGUCACGCUCGUCGCCGAGCGGGGCGUAAUAUGUAGAAAUGUGCUGACUUCCACGUCAACUUCGCCGUCUCAACCUCUACGUCUCACGCCGACGGGAAAGAUCAGCCAUGCGAAGACGCGGGUCUAUACGCAGCGUUACAGGAGGGAGUGGGAACAGAUGUCGGACUUCAAAGGAUGGCUGACUUCAGUUUCCAAUCAACCGACUCGUGCUUACUGCCUAUAUUGCAGAAAGAAUUUACACGCACAUCGUUUGUCGCUACUGAAACAUACAUGCACAAUGAAGCAUCAGCGUUCGGCCUUGACAUAUCAAUUGGAACAGCAACAGAUACAGAAGUCAGAUGCCGAUGCACCUGAAAUAGGACUUAUGGAAGAAGUUGAGACAAUAGAUGAUUCUUCUCAAGCGGAACUAGGUGAGGAUGACGAUAUCGAAUAUGUUGUUGAAAGAUUAGAUACAGACGAGGAAGACUCAAUAGAAUUGGAAAAUGUAAAGAGAAAAAUUGAAGAAGUCAAUAUUGAACAGAAAGAAGAAAAGGAGAUGGAUAGUGAUCAAUCCAAUGAGGAUUCUAUAUCUGUAAUAAAGAAGAUCAAAUUAUCCGAGGAAAAAUGUCAAGAUCCUUUGACAAAGGCGAUGGCCCAUGUUCAUAACGAAUAUCUUGAGGAAGAAGUAGUCGAGGAUCAAGAAAACGUGCAGGUGGAGAUGGUGAUAGAAUCGACUAACAAUGAUAUAUCUGUUUUACCUGAAUUAGAGGAUGAUAUUCAGGAAACAUCAAAACCACGUGAAAAUAAAAAAACGGUAAUCAAAGCCACCAAGAAUGGAAAAGUUCUUCUGGAGAAUAGUAAAGAUAAUUUCAUAACUACAUCAUUACCGAUAUUGAGUACAACUUAUCAGACAAGUGUUGCGACAAGCAUAAUGCCUAAGAGUACGAUGAAUUAUGUGCCGAUUGCGCCGAAUCCGAAUACUCAAAAGACCAUCACUCUAAUGUGUGGUAAUAAAACUUUUACAUUAACUGGCGGUACGUUCCAACCGGGCACACAGUAUGUGCUGACCAAGCUUAAGGGUAACCCAACAGCAUUGAUGUUGACUGAUCAAAACAAAAUCAUAAACGAAUCAGAGAACAAAAUUGAAGUAAAGUCAGAUUCCAACAUCGAUCAAUCAUUGAUUAUUCCUAGCACCAGCCAACAGCCUGUUAAUCAGCAAUCGGCUGAUACUAAGUUGUCGACUAAGAAGAUUAGCGGAAAAUCAUCAGGGAAAUCAGCCAGGGAAACAUCGAAAAAAUUGCGAAUUUCUACAUAUGUUGUGGAUAAUAUCAAAGGAGUUCCAAUUAGUGGGUUACAAGUUAGCUUAUACAAACUGAUGGAUGGUAAAUGGACCUUCUUAAAUGAAAAUACAAAUGCAGAGGGUCAUUGUGAUGAUUUGAUGGAAAAGAUAAAAGGUACGAUCGGUCGUUAUAAGCUUCAUUUUGAUGUCGAUAAAUAUUUUACACUGAAAAGAAUAGAUACUAUGUUUCCGUUCAUCGAGAUUGUAUUUGAUGUAAAAAAACCAACAACUCACUAUCACAUACCUCUUUUAUUAAGUCCAUUUGGUUACACAACCUAUCGUGGCACGUAAGUAAGAUGUGGCACAUAAGAUGUGCUAUUGAAUAAAUUCUUUCGUGAUAGAUAUAGUUGCGAAGAAAUACUUCACAAUUUUUAUGAAACUGCGAGUGUAUUUUAUUAUUUUUAUAUCGGAGAGAGAGAGAGAGAGAGGGAGAGAGAGAGAGAGAGAGAGAGAGAGAAUUAAAUAAGUUAGUAUAUGUAUUGAAUAUGUGUUCAAAAUACAUAACAUGCAUAUAUCAUACACUGUAUACAUGGUGUAACUAAAAUAAUGUAACAAACUUCAGAGGCUAUGCCCCUACAUUAGAACAUAAAAAAAUAUGAACAUAUGUCCGCAAAUCCAAUGUUACUGAGACAUAGUUCAAAAUAUUUAAAUAUUAUCUGCGCGGACUUUUGAAAUCCUUAGUUUAUGAAAUUCCAAUCGCCAAUGAAGAUAUGCUACGCCAACUCAUCUUUGAUGCUUGUAAUAUCAUUCGCAUUUGCCCCGGAAUCUUUGAAAAAGUCCGACAAUCCAUGAUGUGUCCAAGCGUGUAUUGAAUCAAAUGGAAGAUACUUCAAACAUUUAUUGUAAUUAAAAAUUGGACAUAAAUAAUAUUAAAUAAUAAUAAC